AUGAACUCGUUUCCAAAGUCAAUUGAAAGCGCGCUCUCCAAGCAGCAAGACAGGGUGUAUCUUCUCCAGCUCGAGAAGGAGUUGAUCGAGUUCGUCCGUGCCGUGGUGGCAGGUACCAGCGUGCGCCAGUACACCAUCCGUGCAGCAGGGCUCAAGAACUCGUACUACCGGCUCUUAAGCCACCAGUUGUGCCAGUACUACAACCUCCACCACACCAACACCCCAGCCAACGAGAUCGUGGUGACUCCUGUGCCCGACUUCGACUACCAGGUGUUCUUGGAGUUGGUGGAGGGCAACGAGUUUGCCCGAGUGGUCGACCACGCCGGCGCUGCUGCCGACCCCCCAAAGCCUAAGAUGAUCAUCAAGAAGAGCAAAGACCGUGCCGUGGGAGGCCCUGUGGCCAGUUCUUGCGACGUCCCAGGUCCCCAGGCGGAUGACUCGGCCAAAAUUGAGUCGGAAAGAGCGUCCAAAGAGGCGUUGUACCUCAAGAUCCGUGAGGAGAUCUUCGACCAGGAUGACGACGAUGAUGACGACGAUGACGACGACGACGACAAUGGCCCCCGCACCGCUCACAGCAAUUCCAGCAACGACGUCCAUCAUCAUUCCUCCAGCCUCAACGGCGUUCCGCCAGGAUUCGUCCCCUACUCGUACCCUCCCAUGCAGAUGCCCAUGAUGGCACCUCCCCAGCACUUUACACCUCCCAGCGGCGGAUUUUAUCCGCCCGCCAGCAUGUCGCCCCCACAGGGCCAACCCAUGGGAUAUCCCGGCUACUACCCUGUUCCGCCUCCCAUGCCACCGUACUACGGGUUCGGGUACCCUCCACCCAACCCCUACGACAAAGAGACAGAAAGACGCCUCUUGAACAACCCCUACAUCAUAAUUCCCGACGACACCAAGAAGGGCAAGCCCAAACACAGACGAAACUACGGCCAUGGUCAUGGCCACGGCCACCACCACAAGCCCCAGGGUCCCCAGACGUCCCAGUACUACCAGGCAACUAAUGUCAGCCAGCCGAACUUAGGAGCGCCGUUACUGGUCCACUACUCUGGCAACAUGAGCCAGCCCAACCUCACCCAGGGCGGGCAUCACCCAGGACAGUCGGGUCCUGGAAACCACGGCAAAUAG